GCUGCGGGCUUGACGCAUCUUCAUCCUCCUCCUCCUCCCAGCACCUCUGUCACGUUGCGCGGCUCCGACUCUUCUUUCAACCCGGAGCCGUGAGGCGGGACGCGGCGGCCGCAGAGCGAGCAGAGCCGCGGGUGAAACCUCCAGAGAGGAGCCGACAUGUUCAUCUGAAGGGUUUGUUUCCAUGGAAGAGCGGCUCCGCGGAGCAGAGACCAACCCGGACAGCAGACUGCGUCCUCAGCCGCCGCUGCGCCUUCCCGCCACAGCGCGCGCCUCGGACUGCCAUGUGAAGCCGGAAGGUGGAUGUGGGCAGGUGGAGGAGCAGGUAAAGGGCUUGUUGGUGAUGUUGCUCUGUUUGCCGUGAUGGUGGGUAAGAGAGCCAUACGGCGCCUCCUGCUGGCCGGCGGCCUGCUGCUGGUCCUGGCCGGCUCCGCCUCCGGCUGCCCCGCGCGGUGUGAGUGCUCCGCCCAGACCAAGUCGGUCAGCUGCCACCGCAAGCGGCUGGCCAGCAUCCCGGAGGGCGUCCCCAUCGAGACGCGCGCCCUGGACCUCAGCAAGAACAAGCUGCGCCUCAUCAACUUCUACAACUUCUCGUCGUUCCUGCAGCUGGAGGACCUGGACCUCAGCGACAACACCAUCAGCGUAGCCGAGCCCGGCUGCUUCCACUCCAACGUGGCGCUGCGCUCGCUCAACCUGCGCAGCAACCAGCUCAUGCUGGUGGCGAAGGGCGUGCUGGCGGGCCUGACCAACCUCACGCACCUGGACCUGAGUCACAACCGGCUGGUUGUUCUGCUGGACCACGCGUUCCAGGACCUGCACCGGCUGACCUUCCUGGAGGUCAGCAACAACCAGCUGGUGUUCAUCUCCCAGCGCGCCUUCACGGGACUGCUGGGCAUCCAGAGUCUGACCCUGGAGCGCUCCAACCUCACCGUGGUUCCCACCGACGCUUUGGCCCACUUGCACAACCUGCUGGAGCUGCGCAUGCGCUUUCUGAGCAUCAGCUUCCUCAAGCCUUUCUCCUUCAAGCGGCUGACUCGCCUGCGCCACCUGGAGGUGGAUUCCUGGCCCCUGCUGGAGAGCCUGCCGCCACUGUCGCUGCACGGCCUCAACCUGACCACCCUGUUCAUCACCAACACCAACCUGUCUGCCUUUCCUGGAGCGGCGCUGCGCAACCUGCUCUACCUCACGCACCUCAACCUGUCCUACUGCCGCAUCCAGCACAUCCAGCAGGGGGAGCUGGGGCCUCUGCCGCAGCUGCUGGAGCUCCGCCUCCAGGGGUCGCAGCUGCUCUCCAUCGAACCCCUGGCCUUCGCGGGCCUGAAGUCCCUCCAGCUGCUGGAUGUGUCCCAGAACCGGCUGGACUCUCUGGAGAGGGCCGUGUUCGCCUCGGCGGACUCCCUGCAGCGGCUCUGCCUGGGCGGCAACCCGCUGGUGUGCGAUUGCCGGUUGCUCUGGUUGCUCAGCAGCCACAAGCCGGCUUCGCUGCAGAUCCUGGACCUGCAGCCGGAGUGCAGCGCACCGCAGCACCUUUUGGGCAAAUCCCUACGGGACCUCAAGGAGCCGCUGGUGUCGAGGUACAUGACCUGCACCAAGCCGCGGGUCGGCCCCAACGCCACGCAGCUGCUGAUGGCCGACGAGGGCCAGCCGGCGCGGCUGAGCUGCACGGCAGAGGGAGCGCCGCGGCCCUCUGUGCUCUGGAUCACGCCGCACAGACGCUACGUCACAGCCAAGAGCAGCGGCCGCGUGGAGGUCCAACCGGACGGCAGCCUGGAGAUCAAGGCGGCGGAGCUGCAUGACAGCGGCGUGUACCUGUGCAUCGCCAGCAACCCGGCGGGCAACGCCAGCCUGUCCGCCUCUCUGGCCGUGAAGAGCCUGGGGACCGGCGACAGGCUCCACUACAGCAACCGCAGCUCCAGCUACCUGACAGAGCCCAAUGGCACCUGGGGCAACGGCACGGUGCUGUACAACAUGACGGUCCCCAUCGACAUGAAGACCAUCCUGAUCUCCGCCGCCAUGGGCUGCCUGUCCUUCCUGGGCGUGGUGGUGUUCUGCUUCCUGCUGCUGUUCGCCUGGAGCCGGGGCAAAGGGCGACACAAGAACAACUUCGACAUCGAGUACGUCCCCCGGAAGUCCAACGGCGGCGGCGCGGACGUGGCAGAGACCAGCGGCCCGCGGCGCGUCAACAUGAAGAUGAUCUGACGGACGCUACGGCUUCAGCCAGAAAACAAAAUGUCUGUUUGUUUUUUUAAUGACAAAGUGGAUUUGUGACAAACGAAAGUGAUGUACUGUUUAGUGGCUGUGGGUCUGACGGUGGUCUAGUGAUCAGUGGACUUGUGAUAUAUGAUGUUCAUAAUGUACACUCAAUAUAAAUCUAUAACCGACAUAUCAAUAUGGGACUGACAUCGUGCUGCGAGUGACUCAGUGACGCGAUGAGUAACAACGUGGCAUCAAGGUGAAGGAGGGACAGACUGCAGCGUCACGACCGAACCGUCCCAUCUCAGCUGCAGCCUGAAAGACGUGUGUGUGGGGGCGUGUGUGUGUGUGUGUGUGUUUCUUUGUGCAUGUGCACGCAUUGCCUUUCUCGUGAGGUGGAGCAACUAAGCGUUGAGGUCCAAAGUGUUUUUCUUUCUUUCUGGGUUUUUCUACCAGAAGCAGGUGUUUGUAUGCAAACGCGCAAAUGAAUCUACUGACCAAAUGCUGCAGAAACUGUAACAUAGAUCAGCCCCUUGUAGAAAAACUUCUGGUUUUCUAGACUUGAAAGGCGUUUCAGGAAAACGGGUCUGCUGCUCCACUGCACAGAAACAGAGAAACAGAAAGUCGUGUCGAAUUUUAUAUCAUAAUAAAUCAAAGGCAGACAAAAAGAGUCGGUGGCAAAGAUUUAUGGCCGCUGGGCAACUGGACCCUCUGCAGGUUGAUCAGACCGUUUAACCUUGGCCAGGGGGCAGUAAGGAGGUCUGGGGGCAGUAAGGAGGUCUGGGGGGCAGUAAGGAGGUCUGGGGGGCAGUAAGGAGGUCUGGGGGGCAGUAAGGAGGUCUGGGGGGCAGUAAGGAGGUCUGGGGGCAGUAAGGAGGUCUGGGUCUUUCAUAAAUGGCCGUUUUGAAUGUUGUAGUUUCUCGUUCUCCUUUAGUUUGUUCUGAUUUUUGUUGACGAUGUUUUAAAUGUUUACGAUGGGGAAAAUAAAUAAUUAACCCUGAAGGGCAACUAUUUGUAAAGGGGGGGCAGGAGGGGCAAAGUGGGGGGUGGAGGGGUAUUUGUGUGAUCCUGUUGUGAUAAAAUGUUCCAGGUUGUAUAAUUGUUUUCAUAUGACAAAUUUAUGGGUAUAUUUUCAAAAGGAAAUAAAUUCAACCCCAAAGUCUG